AUGGUGACUACUGCAGCUACUGGUCAAGAAUAUUUACAACGAACAUGGGGUAAAAGUCGAUUAAAUGCAGUUAAUGCUUUAUAUGCUACACGUAAUGAUCCAAAAACAACUUCAACAAUAUCACAAACUAAACCAAACUUAUCAAAAACACGAACAAUGCAAAAUACAACAAAAGAAGCAAAAGAAUUACUUGGUCAACAAGUACUUGCUGAUACACGUGCCGAAACUAAACGUCGUCAAGCAGCUCUAAUGGCUAAGAAAACACUUGAAAAAGCCAAGAAAACACUUGAAAAAGCCAAGAAAUCAAAACCUGGACGUAAACCAACUUUAAAACGACUUGGUACAAUGGCUAAAACAGCAAAUGAAGGCAAAGCAUAUAUAAAACGAACGGGAAAGAAAACAACUGAACAAAAACGUAGAAGUAGUCGAACUAAAAAAUCUACAAAAUAA